AUGUCUGAUAAAUUGGCUAGAACUAUUCAGCGAUUCCAAACAAAGAUUGAUUCUGGAUCAUUCUACGAAGCACAUCAAACUAUACGCACUAUUACCAAUCGAUAUGUCAAAGCCAAGCAAUACACAGAAGCAAGGGACUUGUUAUACCAAGGUGCUACUAUUCUCACCAAAAACAAAGAAUAUGCCUCAGCUUCUGACUUGAUCAAUUACUUGAUUCAAGUAUACGACGAGGAAGAGUUGAAAAUCACCGACAAGGAUGCCAAGUAUAAAUUGAUUGAAUUGAUUUCCAACUUGCCCAAUGAUGAUCCGCUGCUCAAUGAUUUGGCCAAUGCAAGUAUAUCAUGGUCACAGAAAUCCAGUGUAUGCGAAAAAUUUGGAGAUUCGGACUUGCACCAUCUAUUUGGUGUGAAGUUACUAUCACUGUUAGAAAACGAUGCUGACAAUAACGGCGUUGCUGCUAGAGAUGCAGAGCAAAAGAGUAAAUUAUUUGCCAUCGCUGAAUUGCAUUUGGUCUUGGGAACUUUUGAAUCUGUUCCCAUUUAUGUCAGUUAUCUUGCCAAAACUGCACAAAUUAACAAGGACAUUGACCCCGGGGUGUUUUUGAGUAGAGCCGUGAUCAACUAUGCAUAUUUGAAAAAUAUCAAAUUUGUCAAAGAAGCCCAGACAUUAUUUUUUGAAAAAAUAAAGGGAUAUGUUGGAAAAGAAGGAGAAGUGAUUAAAUCUGUCGAAUAUUUCGAAAAUUACCCAUUGCUUAACUUUAUUCAAUUGUUGGUGCAAACAAUACAAAAAGAGCCACUGACCAAUGGUCAAAAGUUUCUAAAAUUAUACGAUCAUUACAAACUUCUUUUAAAACAAAGGGAGAUACUAGCACCAGUGGAAUAUCUUGGUAAGCUCUAUUUCAAUCUAAAUCUAGGUUCUGGUCAGGGCGGUAACAUGCUCGCCAAUCUUAUGGGCGGGUUAUUUAAAUAG